AAUAUACAUACAUAUAUAUUUAUAAAAUUUUUAAAGUGAAACAAAAAAAAACGAAAAGUUUUAUAAAUUUAAUUUAUAAAAAAAAAAUUAUUAAUUAAAUUUUUAAAAAUAAAUUUCAAGAAAAAAUUAAUAUCUUUUAAAUAAAAGAGGCAAAAAAAAAUAUAAAAUAAAAUGUUUAGAAAAUUAAUAAUAUUUUUUAUAUUGAGUCUCAUUGCAAUUAUACUAAUUGCACCUGCUGCAGAAAAUGCAGUUAUUUUAACAAAAAGAGACGCUGAAGAUAGUUCUGAAGAAACUGACAGAAUAUGUGAAACAUUUCAAACACCAUGUGGUUGGGCAGUUUAUAAACCAUUCAAAAGGAAAAUUGAAUAUUUCAUGAGAAAUGCAUGUAAAUGUUCACCUGGUUUAAAAUGUAUUAGAACUGAUGAUGAUGCUUCUGUUAGUGCAUUCGUAUAUAAAUGCCGAAAUAAAACAACAAGUUCAACUGUUGCCCCAGAUAUAAAUACAGGAACAACAAUAACAACGACACUUUCACCCGAAAAAGAUAUUUCAUAACCAUAAUAAAUCAAUAUUGUAUUUUAUUAAUUAAGCGUAAACCUAUACCUAUAAUAUAUUAAAUUAAUAUAAUAUAUUAUAUAUAUACGUAAUAAUUAUAUAGAAUUAAAAAAAAAAAUUAAUUGACGAUUUAAUGACCAAUAAUACCAUUUAAUUUUCAUGACCAAUAAUACCAUUAAAAGAACGCAAGAAAAUAGAGAUACUUAAU